GUCGCUCUCUUUCUCUUUGCGCGUUGUUUGGUGCCGGUCGUGAGAUUCAAUUCGUAUUUAAAUUCAUUAAACUUUUUUAAUUAAAACUAAAUUAGAAUCAUGGCUCAACGAGAGAGGACCUUUAUUAUGAUUAAACCAGAUGGGGUGCAGAGAGGUUUAAUUGCCAAAAUUAUUGCACGAUUUGAAGAAAAAGGAUUCAAACUCGUGGCAAUGAAAUUCAUGCAGGCGAGCCAAGAAUUGUUGGAAAAGCAUUAUGCAGAUUUAUCCAGCUUGCCUUUUUUCCCUUUUUUAGUUCAGUAUAUGCAAUUAGGCCCUGUUGUUCCAAUGGUUUGGGAAGGUGAUAAUGUUGUUAAAACAGGCAGAGAUAUAAUUGGUGCUACAAAUCCAGCCAAUGCACAACCAGGCACAAUUCGAGGUGAUUUAUGUAUUCAAGUUGGAAGAAACAUCAUUCAUGGCAGCGACUCUGUUCCCAGUGCUGAUAAAGAAAUAGCUUUAUGGUUUAAAGAUGAAGAAUUAGUUAAUUAUAAAAGUUGCAUGGAAAGCUGGAUUUAUGAAAACUAGCUUCAAAUUGCUAUUUUUUUUAAUUGGAAAGGGACCAUGUGCGGUACAAUUUUGAAUCGGGAGCACUUGUUUGCAGCUUCUAUUUUUGAGAAAUAAAGUGGCUUCUUAUUGA